AUGGAAGAAGAAGCUGAAUUCAAUCAAAUUGCAGAAACAAUACAAAAUAUAAUAAACUCCAUUAAUGAAUCAAAGCUUAACAACGAUAUAAAGUCAGUAAUGAACCAAAGACAAAAUCUUUCAAAAAUAUAUCCAAGAUUAUACGAAUUAAAGCAAAAAAUAAUCAAUUACAGAGGUAUAAGUAAGUCAAAAAACGUUAUUAAUAAGGUAGAUAUGAUUGGAAGACAAUAUAUGAUUGUCAUGGCUGAUGAUUCACCGGAUAACUCAGAUUCUAUUGAAAUUGAGCGUCAAGAAAUUGAUUUACCUGAAGAUUCGAGAAGUAAUAACUCAUCAAUGCUUGAAGCAACUGAAGAAGAAAAGGUUAUCGAAACUAAUACAACAGAAAACGAAUUUAUGCAAUCAAUAUUAUACGCAGUAAUAUUUUGCAUUCUCAUGGGUGUGAUAUGGACCGGUUUUAUUUGA